AUGGUGGUGAUGGUAGCGACCAGCGACGAGAACGCAACAUUGAAUGCAGUGGAAGAUUCGUAUCUUAAUGACACCAUUAAGAUACGAUCGGCAAAAAUCGUAAGCGAUUCGAUUUUCCAACGUAUACGACGACGAGCAAAUGAUUACGGGUACGCCAACGAGCGCGCUCGGAAAACAUCAACUGAUGACUUUGACGACACCGACCGACCGACCAACAGACCGCUUGACGGACCGGCGGCGGCUGCGUGCGAUCCGCAGCCGCCGCCGUCGCCGUUCUCAUGA